AUGUCCAAAUCACUCGAUGCCGACCUUUACGAAGACAUAUAUGGCGACGACAACGAGUUCCUCGACACAGAGUCAGCAAAGGGAACGUCAACGGCACAGCCAGAUAGUGGCGCAGAUGAGGAGCCCGUUUCCCCCGUGUCUCUAGACAACAAUAGCCCCACUGCCGCAUCCCAGACACCCAACUUAGCCCUUCCAGCAAAGCCUUCAUCCUCGGCCAAACCAUCUACUUCGAAUUCGGCCAAUCAGUCCUUGUCAUAUUCGGCGCAAAUAGCGCAGCAAUUUUCAUCAUAUCAACAAACCCCCGGGCAGGAACGAGGCGGCGUGCGUCCGAACACGAAGCCGAUACCAAACGGCACACAGGUAAUCCCCACAACGAUAGACACAACGGGGGACACCGUCUACGGGAAGAAGCCAUCUGAGAUGCACGAUUACGGCAAACUCUUCAUCGGAGGACUCAGCUGGGACACAACAGAUGAAGGACUAAAGAAUUACUUUUCGCAAUUUGGAAAGGUGGACGCCUGUACGAUUAUGCGGGACCCAUCGGGCACAUCAAGAGGGUUUGCCUUCUUGACAUUUGAGGACCCCUCGGCUGUGACUCCCGUGUUGGCUCGGGAACAUACGCUAGACGGUAAAAUGAUCGACCCCAAGCGUGCCAUUCCGCGGGAGGAGCAUCUUCGUAACACGCGUUACUUCGUCGGAGGCCUGGCUCCCCAUACGACAUCCGAGUCAAUGAAGGCCUUCUUUUCCACCUACGGCAGCGUGGUGGACGCGACGGUCAUGAUGGACAGGGAAUCCGGACGAUCCAAGGGAUUCGGUUUUGUCACCUUCGACGAAGGCGGCAACGCUGACCAGCUCGUCGGCAAACUCGGUCUCCUCCUGGAUGACAAACAGAUCGAGGUGAAGGCUGCGCAGCCACGGAGUCAGCGGGAUCAGCAGAGGAACAGCGGCCGUGACGGCGAUGUACCAGCCGUCAACACCCAGACCAGCGUCAUGCCCAUGAAUUUCCAGCAAAUGCCAAUGAUGAACGCCAUGAAUCCCAUGGCGAUGAUGAACAUGGGCAUGUCGCGGUUCAACGCGAUGGGCGGGAUGGGAAAUAUGGGGAUGGGAAUGGGGAACAUGGCCAACAAUAUGGCUGGCGGAGGGAGCAGCGCCAUGGGAGGGAACAUGGCCGGCUUCAACCCGAUGGGGGCGAUGGGCGGUGGUAUGGGUGGCAUGGCGGCAAUGGGCAACAUGGGUGGUAACAUGGGAAUGCGCAUGGGGAUGGGCCCGAUGGGGGCGGCGGGGGCGGCGAACCCUGUGGGUGCAAUGAACAUGGGGAUGGGUGCGGGUGGCGGGUUCGCGGGGGGGAUGCAGGGUAUGAUGGGCGGCAUGGGGAACAUGAUGGGGGGGAUGGGAAAUCCCAUGGCUGGUGGGAUGGCGAACGCUAUUGGUAACCGCAUGGGCAUGGGCAUGGGCACAGAUAUUCGUAUCAACCUCAAUUGGUGGAGCCUUGGGGCAAAUGUCUCCCUCCAGAUCGUUGAUUCCAAUGGAGCGCAGUUACUUCGUGAGGUUCACCAUGUCCGGUCUCCGAAGUCCUUGAAAUGGGACGUCCAUCCGAAUGUGCAUCUUGAGGGACAUUGCGACAAGAUUAUGACCAAGUGUAGGCGUGGGCUGUUCCCAAAAGAUGAAGUGGAAUUUGCGGUCACUUACCAAGAUCUCUGCGAGUUGGCUAGCCAGGAAUCUGUUGAAUAUCGACGGAGCGUGGCCGAGAUGAAUCUGAAACAUGAACAUUGGCUCGGCGCGACCACUAUCUAUUUUAGAGCUCGCAAGAUCCAAUAUCCAACGGAUGUCACUUUGACGUUGCGCUUUAUCGUUGAGUUCGACAACGACGAAGACUACCCUCCGUUUCUGCAUUAUAUGUUUCCUUCACCGCGACAGGAAAUGAUGAAAAGCCGCCACAUAUCUUCCAUAGUGCCCUUCCAAUGGAUAGGCGGUCAAUACAAUCCCCUGAAACCUGAUCAGCCGCAGACUCAAACUAGCGUCCGGAGCCCAGUUCUCGGAGAGCUGCUCGGGACGGUCCAUGAAGCAAUUCCUUUUGCAAUCAACAAACGAGUGGCUCAAUUGAAUGCCGGCGACCACGAUGCUCUGCCCUUCAAUACCUAUCGAGACUCAGUCGAUUCAGAGGCGAAACUCAGAGCUAUACGUCUUAAAGGUUUCACGGCCGCCGCUCGUGAACCUGCCCAUCGUGUCUUCGUCGUUGUUGAUGUCGGUGCCAGGAUCGGACUCUUUCAUAGCCACUAUGAUAUCCUCACCGCUAUCUGCGCCGCUCAGAGCCCAUACUUGGGAUCUCAUUCUCUUUCCCGCUCGAGCUCCAUCAGUGACAUCUACGGGCUGUACCUCGCCAUUCCGUCUUGUACAGCUCCGCAUGAAAACGCCCCCCUCAACCGUGAACUCCGCUCAACAUCUGACCCCGGAUCUCUAACACAACUCUACAGCAUUCGACAGUGCACGCCACGUUAUCACUAUUAA